GGCAAGGCGGGGCACACACAGCGUACAGUUCUUGCCACCUGGAGUCUGUGGGACGGCAGUGAAGCGGCAAUGGAGGCACCCUGAAGCCACUUAGCAACUCAGCCCGGAGAGGGGAACGGUGCUCAUACCUUGGGAAUAUUGGGGGUCCUCUUUCCUGCACAGUCUGGAGGGAAAGCCGUCUCUUCCCCAUCCCCCCAAAGCUGCACACCUGGCUAGGCAGCUAGGAAUUCCAGCAGGAGCAGAGUGGGCACCCUCGUGGCUUCAUGAAUGUCUGAUCCAGGCAGCUGCACCCUGCAGAUUCAGAGAGCCGGCUCUGAGAACUUUGCUGCCACGGCUGAUUUUGGGGGGACCCUGCUGGAGCAGACGCUAGGCAGGGUACGGUCAGACAAAAUGCCCCCCUGCUCCCCUCAGCAAGGAUGGACUCGGGGUACUUUCCUCCCCUUGUACAGUCCUCUGGCAGCAGGGGAACCUGGCUCCCAGGGAGAGAUGGAACUCGCCUGGCAAGAAAUCCUGUCCAUCUCAGAGUUGCAGGGCCUUGAAAUUCCAAGUGAAAAUUGCUAUGAUACUGCUGCAUGUGGCCACGCACAACAGAUGAUACAGCCUCCUAUGUAUGGGCCAUGCACAGGGACAGGAGACAGUUCAAUUUCCAGCUACAGCCAUCCUAUUUCAGCGUAUGAGCGUCCAUACCCAGAAACCCUGCCAGCCCCUUGUACUCUCUACAGCUAUACCAGCAUGCUAAUCUCAUCCUCCCUUGAGCCUCCAGGACCUGGUACCCUAGGUGGAUAUAAAGGGGUAUCAGAAAUGGUGCUGGAUAGGGACUUGACCAGCAGCUAUGGAUGCCAGGAACCUUGCAAACCCCAGGAAGACCUAGAAUCAGACUCUGGAUUGUCACUUAACUACAGUGAUGCAGAGUCUCUGGAGGCAGAGGGGCUGGAGCGAGCAGAGUAUACAUCACUCUACCCUAUGGACCAGGUACCAGCGUACCCCAUGUUGGCCCCUGUGCAAGAGAUGUCAUUCAUUGACCCACACCCAGAACAUUCCUUUGAAAAGGGACGGAGUCCACGGGCAGAGCUGGCUGGUAGUCGGGAUGAACGUCGAGCUCUAGCCAUGAAAAUCCCUUUCCCUGUUGACAAGAUCAUUAACCUGCCGGUGGAUGACUUCAAUGAGCUGGUGUCACGCUUCCCACUGAGUGAACCUCAGCUGGCACUGGUCCGGGAUAUCCGUCGUCGUGGCAAGAACAAAGUAGCAGCUCAAAAUUGCCGUAAGCGCAAACUGGAAACCCUGGUGCACCUGGAGCGAGAGCUGGAUGAGCUGAGCCGUGAACGGCAACGCCUCUUAAGGGACCGUGGAGAGUUUAAUCGGACUCUGACACUCACCAAGCAGAAGCUGGGAGCGCUUUACCACCAGGUUUUUUGCAUGUUGCGUGAUGAAGCUGGGAACACCUACUCCCCAGAGGAGUAUGUGCUACAGCUCACUGUGGAUGGUAGUGUCUUCCUUGCACCACGCAACAAACAGCUGGACAAUUCCACUGACUGAAUACAACAGCCUGUGGUGAGAACUGAAUGGAGUCAGUUGACCCAACACAAGUGACCCAUCAUAGUUUUCCAAUAGUCACAUUUGAAGCUACCCAAGAGAGGUCAAAUUUGCAACUGCAAGCUCUAUGACACUUAAACAGGUACAUAAAUUUUAAAAGGGGUUUCUGGCCUAAUUCAACCUUCUCUCUUUAAUCUUAUUUGCUUAAUCCCUGCACACAAUCUUAGGUCUUUGCCAGUGAUGUGGGUUUUUGGAAAAUGGAAUUUCCACACUAUUCCUAUGUAUAAUAUAUAGUACAUAAUAUUUCACAUUUCAGUUAAAAGAAAUAGUGCUUAGCAGGCAAUUUUAGGAAGAGGAAAGGCUGGGGCUCUAAGCCCAAACUCAAAAUAAUUCAAGUAGGUAUUUCUCAUCUCACAACACAUUGUUAUCCGGGCAAAAAGGCAAAACAUUAUCUAAAGACUUUCAUAUAUCCCAAGCAGCAAGUUUAACCCUUUGCCAUCUACCAUCUGAAAUCUGUCUAAAUUCUUUUCAGCAUAAACUAGGGCCCUUUUUGAAAAGUAACCAGGAUUUCCUUACCUGGCUACAAAGCCUGCUUCAGAUUUUUGGUUUUUUUAAUGAGGCUACAUGAAAGGCUGAAAGGUAUCUGCACAAAGCAACUAUGAGAUGCAGAAUUCAAGAAUCUUUAUUAUGUUCAUCUAACAUGAUUGCAUAACUUACUGUAAAUCUCAGGAAGGGGAAAGGAGCUACUCAAGACGUAUCUACCAACCUACUGCUCUACAAAACAAUUAACUUCUGAGGUUAACAAGUUACCUCGAUGCCCUACUUUGAUGGGGAACCUGGCUGUGACUCAAAAAGUCCAGGCAUUUAUCCCACACCACCACCAAGUGAAUCUGGUACUACAUAAACAAAUCUGAAGGUGGGACCAGGUCACGUACCCAAUAUACAUUUCAGAUAGCUGUGAACUACCCAUGGUUUUAUGAUAGCCUAUGCUUUAUGUAGAUGAAUCUCUACUAUAAACAAUGUAAUAUCUAAAAUGCAUGCUCCUUAUCAAGAGUAUAUAAAUAUUUGUUAUUAAAUAAAACAGGACACCGGCAUCGUCCAAAAGAAA